UGUAUCUUUUUUUUUUGUUCCUCUUUUCUCGUUCCCACUCCACCUCGUCUAGGGUUUAUCCUCUAUCUAUAUCCGCCGAUUCUAUACAUACACCUUUCUCUUUUCUUCAUAAAUAAUUAAUACACAGUCUCUUGUCGGCUCAUAUCAUCUUAGUGACUUUCUUCGUUCACCGUCACGAAGCGAGGAGAGGAUAUUUGCUUGUAGCCAUGUCUCUGAGACCCAACGCGAGGACCGAGGUUCGCCGGAACCGCUACAAAGUGGCGGUGGACGCCGAGGAAGGACGACGGAGGAGAGAGGACAACAUGGUGGAGAUCCGUAAGAACAAGCGUGAAGAGAGCUUGCAGAAGAAGCGUCGCGAGGGUCUUCAAGCCACCCAGCAACCUCAAUUCGCUCCUUCCUCCGUCACUGGUGCUUCAUCCGUCGAGAAAAAGUUGGAGAGUUUGCCUUCUAUGGUUGGCGGAGUCUGGUCAGAGGACAGAAACUUGCAGCUUGAAGCUACUACUCAGUUCCGGAAACUGCUUUCUAUAGAGCGUAGUCCUCCAAUCGAGGAAGUGAUAGAUGCUGGUGUUGUGCCAAGGUUUGUGGAAUUUCUCAUGAGGGAGGAUUAUCCACAGCUCCAGUUUGAAGCUGCUUGGGCACUGACGAACAUUGCCUCUGGGACUUCAGAGAAUACAAAGGUCGUCAUUGAACAUGGUGCUGUUCCAAUUUUUGUCAAACUCUUGGCUUCUCAGAGUGAUGAUGUCCGUGAGCAGGCUGUUUGGGCAUUAGGCAAUGUUGCUGGUGAUUCUCCACGGUGUAGAGAUCUUGUCCUAAGUCAGGGAGCUUUGCUACCAUUGCUUUCUCAGUUGAAUGAGCAUGCUAAACUCUCGAUGCUUAGAAAUGCUACUUGGACCCUCUCAAACUUCUGCAGGGGGAAGCCACAGCCUCCUUUUGACCAGGUUCGUCCAGCACUUCCAGCCCUUGAACGCCUGAUUCAUUCGACUGAUGAGGAAGUGUUAACCGAUGCCUGUUGGGCCCUCUCUUAUCUUUCUGAUGGCACAAAUGACAAAAUCCAAUCUGUCAUUGAGGCAGGUGUUGUUCCUCGACUUGUCGAGCUUCUCCGGCAUCCAUCGCCAUCUGUUCUUAUUCCUGCUCUUCGUAGUAUUGGUAACAUCGUCACUGGAGAUGAUGCACAGACCCAGUGUGUAAUUAGUCAUGGUGCUCUCCUUAGCCUUUUGAGCCUUCUGACUCACAACCAUAAAAAGAGCAUAAAAAAGGAAGCUUGCUGGACGAUCUCAAAUAUCACUGCUGGAAAUAGGGACCAGAUUCAGGCUGUAUGUGAAGCUGGUUUGAUUUGCCCUCUUGUCAAUCUGCUUCAAAAUGCAGAGUUUGAUAUAAAGAAAGAAGCUGCAUGGGCAAUAUCAAAUGCCACUUCGGGAGGUUCUCCUGACCAAAUCAAGUACAUGGUGGAACAGGGAGUCGUCAAACCACUGUGUGACCUUCUGAUAUGCCCUGAUCCAAGGAUUAUCACCGUGUGUCUAGAAGGAUUGGAGAACAUUCUAAAAGUCGGGGAAGCUGAAAAGGUCACUGGAAAUACCGGGGAUGUAAACUUCUACGCACAGUUAAUCGAUGAUGCUGAAGGUUUAGAGAAGAUUGAGAAUCUGCAGAGUCAUGACAACAGCGAAAUCUAUGAGAAGGCAGUGAAGAUUCUCGAAACAUACUGGUUGGAAGAGGAAGAUGAGGCUUUACCACCUGGUGAUGGUUCUGCUCAGGGCUUCCAGUUUGGUGGUAAUGAUGCAGCCGCACCGCCAGGUGGAUUCAACUUCACGUGAAGGAGCUAAACAUGAUGAUUGGAGAGUCGAAGGAGGUUUAAAGAGUUUGGGGGCACUGGUCAAAUGGGUCUUUAAUUAGAGUCUGGUCUUCUGUGUAAAAGUCAGAUGGAGUGCCUUUGUCUGGCCGGGUCUAGGUCUGGGUCUGGUUCCGGUCUGGUAUGGUCAGAUUCAGUGGUUGGGGUGGGUUUGAGUCAUGAAAUAAACCGGGAGUUGGGUAGGAGUCAUCCGAGGGGAUUUUAUAAAAAACUACAAUGGGAAAUUUGGGAAGGGUUUUAUAGUUUUAAAGCGUGAUGAGAAAUUUGUGGGUUUUGUUACAUUUGUACUACACAACACUGCAAAGUCAAAAACAUAUAAAAGUUGGUCAAACGUUAUUUGGUUUUAUUGGUGACAAAAAAAAGCCCAAUUGGUGCGUCU